AUGUCAAAUUACAAGCGCAACUUUGACGUUCUAAUCGACUCUCAGGUGAACGAUGGCAGGGAGCAGGGAUCUCAGCUAGAGCACGAUGAGAACCCUCCGAAGAGACUGCGACCUACCGAGGACGAAGGCGACGCUAGCGAUGAGUCGACCUUGGAGGUCACAACAAGAGCCAGUCACAGCGUACGCAUGUGUUCCAGCGCCCCUGAAAUGGUCAUGGCCUCUUCCAAUAGCGACAACAACAUUUCGACACUCUGCCCUGACAUCCUUGAACGCAUCCUCGGCUACCUGGUAGACGAGGUGGUGUACUCAUCCCCCUUUGGACCACUGCCGGAUCAACAUGACGGUCUCAUGCAACUCCUCGCCUUUUCUUCAGUCUGUGCUACAUGGAGGAACACCGCGCUCAACUCUGCGGUUGUGUGGGCCAAAGUUGCCGGAAGCUACACCGUCCGUCCGGAGCUCAUGAAGCUCAUUUUGGAGAGGUCUAAGGAGGCUCCGUUAUAUAUUUCCGCGGAUGUUGAACGGAUUCGCUUUCAUGCAGUUCUCUCGACCGAAUCUGAGGUUCAGGGGUUAUAUGCGAAAGAAAUCGCGAACAUGCGAGCAAUCUUCGCCCAUUCUGAGCGACUCAGGGAACUGAGGCUUGCCCUUUCGCCUGUGGAGGACUCAGCGAACGCCCUAAACAACCUCCUCUCUCGACGCAUGGACUCUCUGAAGUACUUGUAUCUGUCGUUUCCCACACAUGAUACCGCACUCGUCUUGAACCCGACCAACCUCUUUGAUGGUUCGGCUGCGAUAUCGCUGAAGGAGCUUGCACUCCACAAUGUUUCCCUUCCUUCCUGUUAUUGGAAACAGAACGCUCUCGCGACCUUGGAUUUCCUCUGGCACGUGCCUCAGGUCUUUGACCAUGAUCCCACAACCAACCUCGCCUGGAUGGAACCCCUCAAAGUGCUUUCGUCCUUGAGAACUGUCGUCACGGGUUUCUUCCUCAUCGACCCCGAUACCACGAUAAACGAGGAUUACAUGGAUCGCGUAGAAGAAAUCGAACCAGUGUCCUUGAUUGGAGUUGAAACACUGGAGAUUCACGGUAACUUUCUUGGGGUUGUUGCUGCUCUGGCGCUCGUGGAAAUUCCUCCAUCAUGCACCACGAUCGUAAGGACCACCCUUUUAGACAUCUGGAGGGUGGAGGAAAGCAUUGGAGAAAGGACGUUUGCUCAACUGGAUAAGUUGUGGCCUGAAGGUGGUUGCAGUAUCGUCACGAUUGAAGUCUUGGAAAGCUACUUUGGGCUAACUGCUGUCAUCGAGGGGAAAACUGCUUCGCAGCUACUGAUCCUGAAAAACAGCCUAGGGGCGGAACAAGAGGAGGGUGUUGAGCAGGAUUUAGAGGGUGUCGAACAAGAUCCAGAGGAUGUCGAACAAAAAUGGGCGGCGAAAAUUUCGGCAAUCCUUGGAGGUCUCUCCAAAGGGCCUCGAUUCCGAGAAUUGUUCCAACCGAGCACACGAGGUACCGCUACCCUCCGGCUCGCUAUCGACUGCGACGUGAACCAGUUCAUUGAAGACGCACAACAUGAAGAUCUGAGAGACUUCUUCAAGCGGAUGGAAGGUACAUAUUUGCAACUAUGCACACCAGGGGCCCACGAGUUCGUCAUGAACGCUGGCAUAUCAAUUCAACAAUGCAUCGCUACUGCUGAAAUUGGCUCGUCUCCGGCCAACUAA